AUGGAGGACUAUCUGUCCAUUUUGGACAAGCUGAGGAACGCAGGAUCCAUUAUCGACCUGACCUUUCUUAGCAGUAGCCUGGCUCCAAGAGCCUCCUGGAAGGUCUGUAGGGACUUCACCUACAGCGAUCACCAAGCCAUCAUUACUGAUAUAAGGAAACGACCCGAAGUUGCGGCAGUUCCGAGAGUAACCAGGUACCGAGAGAACACUCUUGACAUCGACAUGUUCGAGCAUAUGAUGCAAGGGUUGCAACUUAGCGGCACGGCGACUGACAUGACCAAGCAGAUCAUGUCUCAGUUGACACGAGCAUGCAAUGCCUCAAUGAAGAAGGUCGGGAACGGAGCAAAGCAUCAGCCGGUGUACUGGUGGACUAACGAAAUUGCAGUGGCUCGGAGAGAAUGCUGUCAGGCACGAAGAUCUCUUCAGAGAACCCUCAAACGCGGAAAUCCAGACGCGUCUUCGCUAUUGCUCGAGCUAAAGACAAAAAGGCGAACACUGAAAGGUCUAAUUAAAGCAAGCAAGAAGCGACUCUUCCUGGAGCUGUGUGACCAAGCCGAACAGGACCCUUGGGGAUCGGCCUACAAGAUUACGAUGAGGAAGUUGAAUGCCUUCUCAUCGCCAAGCCCGAAGUGCCCAGAACUCUUGAGGAAAAUAGUGUCUCAUCUGUUCCCACAGCAACCAGCCCGAAACGACAACAAUGAGGUUGCAGGACUUGCUGACUGGAACAGUAUUCAGUUUGACGAAGUCUCGGAUAGAGGUCCUAGCAGCAGCGCACAGUAUAAAACCUGGUAA